CUGUCCCUUCUCCUUCCUCACCCCCUCCUCACUCCCUCUCUCUCUCUAGAUUUGCUCUGUUCAGAGCGCAAAAUACAAAGAAAAAGAGGAACAGAAACGGAGCAGACAUAUACACACAAUAAUACGAUGUUGCUUGGAAAGAGACAACGACCACCGAUUAACAGAACCACAAGUCUGUCGGAGAUAAAGUUCGAUCUCAACCUUCCCGGCGAAACAGAGGUAUCAAAUCAGCAGAAUCCAAGCCAAAAUCCCGUGGUGGGCUCGUAUGUUUCUAACGCUCAGAACAUAGCAGCCGUCGAUCAACACCGUGGGCUGUUAGAUCAACGGUUCUUAGCUAUGGUCUCACCGAGAGGUAACCUGAGGAGACACUCAGGCGAUUUCUCCGACGCUGGACAUUUCUUGAGAUCUUGCUCCCUCUGUGAACGCCUUCUUGUUCCCGGCCGCGACAUCUAUAUGUAUAGGGGAGAUACGGCCUUUUGUAGCUCAGAGUGCAGGCAACAGCAAAUGGCACAAGACGAGAGGAAAGAGAAAGGCAAAUCGGCAUCGGCCAAGGAAUCGACGGUGGCAGCCACCGCAAAACCCGGCAAAGGAGGGAGAGCUGCAGCCGCCGUGUAAUCCCUAUAUUUUCACACACAUUAUAUAGUUAAUUAUAUUAUGUGUGGGUUUGUUAUGUGUUUGUAUAUGAUUAUGAUGGGUAAUAUAUAUUAAGCAUUGAGCGUUAAUUAACCGUGUUAAUCACCCCCUCGUGUUUUGUGUUGAAUUAGAUGGGUUUUUUUCGAGGGUUCAAGUUUUACAAGUUUUGAUCUAUUUGGAAUAAAAUCAAAUGUAUGUUUCUUUUUUUUUUUGUUAAGUACUUAAUGAGAAAAAUUAAGAUCAUAAGAUUUGCA